CCGGGGCUGCACCACAGUAUAAAAGCUGGGAGCAGAGAGGGGCUUCCACAACCCACUCACUCCUCUCUCUCUCGAGACCUUCCUCCCCUGUGGACACCAAUCUCUUCCAAUCUCUCAGCAUCAUGAGCUCCUGUGGCUGUUCAGAAGGCUGUGGCUCCAGCUGUGGGGGCUGUGGCACCAGCUGCUGUGUGCCUGUCUGCUGCUGCAAACCUGUGUGCUGCUGUGUGCCAGCCUGCUCCUGCUCUAGCUGUGGUGGAGGCUGCAAGGGAGGCUGUGGCUCCAGCUGUGGGGGUUGCAAGGGAGGCUGUGGCUCCAGCUGUGGGGGUUGCAAGGGAGGCUGUGGCUCUAGUUGUGGAAGCUGCUGCAAACCUUGCUGCUGCCAGUCCAGCUGCUGCAAGCCUGUCUGCUGCUGUGUGCCAGCCUGCUCCUGCUCCAGCUGUGGUGGAGGCUGUGGGGGUUGUUGCCAGUCCAGCUGCUGCAAGCCCUGCUGUAGUCAAUCCAGCUGCUGCAAGCCCUGCUGCUGCCAGUCCAGCUGCUGCAAGCCCUGCUGUAGUCAAUCCAGCUGCAAGCCCUGCUGCUGCCAGUCCAGCUGCUGCAAGCCUGCGCCAGUCGUCCACCUGCUGCCAAGCCCUGCUGCUGCCAGUCCAGCUGCUGCAAGCCCUGCUGUAGUCAAUCCAGCUGCUGCAAGCCCUGCUGCUGCCAGUCCAGCUGCUGCAAGCCUGUCUGCUGCUGUGUGCCUGCUUGCUCCUCCUCCAGCUGUGAUGGAGGCUGUGGGGGUUGUUGCCAGUCCAGCUGCUGCAAGCCUGUCUGCUGCUGUGUGCCUGUUUGCUCCUGCUCCAGUUGCAGUGGAGGCUGUGGGGGUUGUUGCUAGUCCAGCUGCUGCAAGCCCUGCUGCUGCCAGUCCAGCUGCUGUGCCCCCAUUUGCUGCCAGUCCAAGAAUUAACCGGACCACAGGAGCGCCUCCUAUCCUCAUCUCCCCCCAAUCCUUCACACUCUCUGCCAAAAGAACAUCACCCUGCCAAGAACACCCAGUAAAGGACUGGCCAGCACAACAUACAGACCCCCAGGAGAACCUCUGGGUCAUCUCCAAGGAUGCCCUGCUCCCAGAUGUGGGGCCAUCGUUGGGAGAUUGCUGA